CCCUCCUCUUCCACCGGCUCAGGCACAGGCUUCGUCUGUGUCAACGGCACCUGACUUGGCCUAAAAUGAACUUUCCUCCGUACCUCUUUGCCCUUCUUCUGAUCUCCGUCUUCCUCGGGAUGCGGGAAGAAAAGAGGUUCCUGCGGUGCUGGCUGCGUAGCCGGAACCUCGCACUCCUCCUUUUCCCUCUCCUUCUCCAACUCCUCGUGUUUUCUCCUCGCUUCCUCGGCCAAUGCAAUAGCCUGAACCGGCGCAGUGCUAUCCUCAUCCUGCCCAAGCGAAGCAAAAUGAGCAGAACUCCGGGUAAAGCUGAGAGGAGCCUGGACCCUCG